AUGCCCUCCAUCCUAAGACCACCCCUAAACCCAGAACUCGCCGACGCGCACAAAACCGCUCCCCUCCUCGAAGUCAGCACCCCAGAGCAAAGACACACCUACCGCCAACACAUCAACUCCCUCUUCACCGUCGAAAACACCAUCAAAGGAAAAGAAACCACCAUCUCCUAUGAAGAGCGCGACAUCCCCGGCCCGGCAGGCCCAAUGCGCGCCACCAUCUUCCGCCCCAAGCACGCAACCCACCAGCCUGCCGACACCCCAGGCAUCCUACACAUCCACGGGGGCGGCCUCGCAACCGGCAACCGCUUCCUCGGCCUCACCAUGCUCGACUGGGUUGAGACCUUCGGCGCCGUCUGCCUAACAGCCGAGUACCGUCUCGCACCGGAGCACCCGCAGCCCGCAGCGCUGGAGGACAGCUACGCUGCGCUGGAAUGGAUGAGCGCGCACGCCGCCGAGCUCGGCUUCAACCCGCGCAAACUCGUCGUCUGCGGCGGCUCGGCGGGGGGCAAUCUCGCCGCGGGGGUGACGCUGCUCGCGCGCGAUCGGUGCGGCCCGCAGAUCUGCGGGCAGGUUCUGAUGUACCCGUGGGUUGAUGAUCGUGUGGACGCGCUGUCGAUGCGGCAGUUUGGGGAUAUUGCGCCUGUGACGAGGGCGAAUGUGGUGCAGGUUGCGGAGUUUGCGUUCGGGAGGGAUAGGGAGUAUGCGGAUAUGUAUACGGCACCGGGGCGGGCGGACGAUCUGUCGGGCUUGCCGCCGACGUUUGUGGAUGUUGGUGAGGCGGAUGUGUUCCGUGAUCAGGAUGUUGCGUAUGCGGCGGCGCUGUGGAGGGAUGGGGUCUCGACGGAGUUGCAUGUGUGGCCGGGGAGUUGGCAUGGGUUCGAUGUGUUUGUGCCGGAUGCGACUGUCAGUAUGCGGGCGAGGGCUGCGAGGGCGGAGUGGUUGCGGAAGUUACUUGGUGGUAUUGACGGUUGA